CGAACGUGCAGCUAAGGUACCACCAUAGACAGCUUACAUGCAGCACAGGAGAGCUAGGGAUGUGGGGGUCUCGUAAUAUACAGAACUAGAGAGAAUCACGCUACUUAAUAUAGGUUACAUUAUAAUCUGGACUAUGAAGGAGAGCUCAGCACAAGUGGCUUUUUACCAUGGGAUAAGGACUGGAUGUAGAUUUAGGGCAGGAGGUGAUGGAGAUAAUGCUGAGUGAAGAAGAACAGAUUGAAUGGUCAUGCUGAAAGUAAUAGGAUGGUAAAGUGCAAGUCUCUGGAGACCCUAGAGGAAACAGCCACCCGUCCAGCAUGGCUAAGUUAUUGUGGACGUUGGUCAGAUGAUUCUCCGCCUGGCUAUCACAUGCUGUGUCAUGAAGCAGAGAGAACACUGACAAUAUUAUUUAAAUAUUGGAAUAAUUAGAGGCGUAUAAUGGAGAACAAUAACUCAAUCCUCCAAUUGCAUAAACCCAUAAUGGAGCUCUGUUACGUCAGCUUCUAUCUUCCUCGGGGUAAUGUCAGGGGAUUCGCAUACAAACGCUGUGUAACUCGAGACAAGGCUGGAGCAUGCUUUGAUAACUGUUUUCAAGUCAGGGAGGAGACAGAGCAUGCACAGCACAGGGAUCCACCUUAUGGAAGCUUUACGGAGGCCUUGAGGAAAAAAACUAAUACACGGGACCUGCUCACAGAGCUUUACAAGCUCACUGCUGCUAAGGAUAGACUGCUGGUUGAUCUUCUCAACACAUCAGAGACCCCAAGACCUAAAAUGGGUAAUCAGGAUGGUAAAUUUCAGGACCUGGCUGGAGCAUCUCCGUUUCUGGAUGAAUCCUCCAUCCCAAAUGAUUUCCAAGAAUCCUUGACGGCCUCAAUGGAAAAGAAAGCCUCAAAGGGAAAAAAAGGAAGGCGGUUUAGCCGGAGGAAGGAAAGCAUAGAGGAUUUUGUGAACAAAAAAAUUAAGUGGAAAGGCACCCCUGAAGCAGGAAUGGCACCAGGUAGAGAAAAGGCACCAUCGAUAAAGGUUUCUAUGGCAGGCUCUGUGGAAAAUUUGGGACGUCCAAGACUCCGGUCUGUGGAGAACAAGGACUUGUAUGUGUCCGGGCUUUCUGUGCAACAUUCUCAUGGUAGGCCCAGUGAGAGUUCAGGGAUUCUUGGCCUUGGGUCAUCAGCUGGCAGUUCACAAUCUUUGUAUGACAAUGAUGUUUUUGGUGACUUUUCUUUAGUGUCUACAUAUGACAGCCCUUUGGGGGACCUGCAAGAUGUUCUCAAGAUGGUGCAGGAGCAGCAGAAGGAUAUUACAGCUCACAGCAGGUUAUUAAACAGAGAAAGUCUGGAAUAUAUUGACAGUGACCAGGCCUGCAUGGAGAAAGAUUGUAAGACUGUUGUAGCCAAAGUCCAAGAUCUUCGCCCUUGUGUUCAGAAAGUGGUUACUACUUAUAGCUUCUCAGACAGUCCUCCGAAGGAAGACAGAUGUGAAAAUGUCACUGCUGUCCACUCUGCUGUGUCAAAUGAAUUUGUCACUAAAGUUGAUGUACUUAACCUAAAUGAAACUUUUGAGAAGGACAAAGAGGAAAUCUCAGAAAAACACAUGGAUGUGGAAAACAAGGUUGAGAGGGAAGUUCCCCAAAUACUUGGUUUUGUUAACAAGAGCCUCCUUAGGGUUCUUAAAAGUGAUAAUGUGGAGGAAACAGGGUAUUUGUUAGGGCAUUUUAAUCACAAAGGAGGACAUGGCUGUGUAAGCCCCAGUCUGGUGAAGCAGAAAACAAGAUCCCAAGAAUCUUUAAACUUAUUGACCACGUUUCAAUCUAACAGCAAAGUAGAAAAACCGAUCACUGCCCCCCCUGUAGACUGUGCUACGCUUCGUCACUCCUUUCCAUCAAUGAAUAAUGUCAAUAAAGAGGUGUCUCCUACCCCGUCUCCAUUUACAUCACGACUACCCAGUCCCCAGCUUCAUCGCCAGAUUCUCCCUUUCACAACAAAGCUUUUCGAAGAUGAUCCUAGAUCAUGGGGGAGGGACAUGCAUUGGCCUGUACGGGAUUUUAUCAAAGAGCCAUCAACACUCCCUAGACUGGGGGGUAAAACCAAAGCAUCUAGUCUUACUAACCUAGGGCCUGACUCCUGCAUUACGGAUGAUUUCAGGCAAAGGCCAAAAGGAAAUGGGAAAUUGCUUGCCUUGCAGCUUGAUCUUCCUCCUCCAGGAGGUGGUAGUAUGGUGAGAGGUAUCACCAAAUCUCUAGCAGAUUUUCAGGCUGAUGUUUCGGAUCAACAAGGAAGGCCGGAUAGGAAUCGUCUUCAUCUGACACUCGAUAUACAUCCGGACAAUACUCCAUCUGACCCAGAGGAUCGAACUCCUGGGAGAUUGCAGGCUGUGUGGCCACCACCAAAACCAAAAGAUGAGGAGGAGAAAGUAGGACUAAGAUACACUGAAGCAGAAUACCAAGCUGCUAUCUUGCAUCAGAAAAGAAAGCACAAGGAGGAGCUGGAAAACUUGAAGUCCCAAUUUGAAGUUGAAAUUUUUAAUGUACGAGGAGAGCAGGCUGUCCAAACCUCAAGACUGGAGGAAACCAUACAAAGCCUGCGAGAGGAAUUAGAAAACAGACUAAAUAAGGGAAAGGGUGAAGUCAAAGAUGCCUGUAUUUCAACUGAAGAUGAGAACCUACCAAAGACCUUCCGUAAUGUUUAUAUACAGACCGACAGAGACACAUUUUUGAAACCCAAUGAUGAGGAAAAUAAAAAUCAGAAGAACAAUAACAUAGUUCCUAAGAAAUUGAACAUCCCAUCACUGAAUCAGGGACUUGUAAGCCCUACAGAAACUCAGGAGCCAUCCUCCAUUGUGCCUCUUACCCAUGGAAAUCAGUUACAGCCAUCACCAGUUCCUCCUUUGGCUAGUGCAAGUCGUAUUCCACCACCUCCACCUUUACCAGGUUUUAGUCCUCCUGAACCAUCUCCAUUACCUGGCCCUGUGCCCCCACCACCACCACUUCCAGGUUUUGGCCCACCUCCACCGCCACCACUUCCAGGCUCUGGUCCUCCUCCGCCGCCACCACCACCACCACCACCACCACCAGGCUUUGGUCCUCCACCACCACCACCAGGCUUUGGUCCUCCUCCCCCACCACCUCCAGGUUCUGGUCCUCUACCACCUCCUGUUCCUGGUUCGUUCUUUGGGGGAUUUUUAUCAAGAGAAGCACCACCCCGUAAACCCCCAGUAGAGCCUGGUUGCCCAAUGAAGCCACUUUACUGGACAAGAAUUCAAUUUAAGACCAACAGUGCCAACACUUCCUUGUGGGAGUCUCUUAAAGAGCCAGAGAUUGCAGAUACCAAAGAGUUUGAAGACCUGUUUUGUAAAGCCAGCAUUCAGCAGAAGAAAAAGCCAUUAUCAGAGUCUUAUGAGAAAAAGACAAAAGCAAAAAAGAUUAUAAAACUGCUUGAUGGAAAGAGAUCGCAGGCUGUAGGAAUUUUAAUAUCCAGCUUACACCUAGACAUGAAGGACAUUCAGCAAGCUAUCUUAAAUGUAGAUGAUUCAGUCGUGGAUUUGGAAACAUUAGAAGCUUUGUAUGAAAACAGAGCUCAGAAGGAUGAGCUGGAGACCAUCAAAAAGCACUAUGAGACGUCUACAGCGGAAGAUGUGAAGCUGUUGGACAAACCUGAACAGUUCCUGUACGAGCUAUCUCAGAUUCCAAAUUUUACAGAGAGAUCAAAGUGCAUCAUUUUCCAAUCAGUUUUCGCUGAGGGAAUUGGCUCUGUUCAUAGGAAAAUAGACAUUGUCUCCAAGACUUGCAAGAACUUGUUGGAAAUGAAUAGUGUAAAAGACAUCAUGGGAUUAAUUCUUGCCUUUGGAAACUAUAUGAAUGGGGGCAACCGGACACGAGGACAAGCAGAUGGAUUUGGACUGGAAAUCCUGCCGAAACUAAAAGAUGUCAAGAGCAGGGAUAACGGAGUCAGCCUUGUGGAUUAUGUGGUGCGAUAUUAUCUUCGACACUUUGACCAGGAUGCUGGGACAGAUAAGAGUCUCUUUCCAUUGCCUGAGCCUCAAGAUUUCUUUCUGGCUGCACAGGUGAAAUUUGAGGAUAUGGAGAAGGACUUAAGAAAACUCAAAAAAGAUCUAGAAGUGUGUGAAAAACAAGCAAAUGUGGUAAUGAGAGAUUCCCCAGAGGACCAUCUCCAACCCUUUAAAGACAGAAUGACAGAAUUUAUUGAGAAAGUCAAAGACGAAUAUAAAACUGAAGAGAAUAAUUUAAGUAAAGCACACAUCAGCUUUAAAGAAACCGUUAGAUAUUUUGGAGCUAAGCCAAAGUCCGAUGAGAAGGAAAUCAGCCCCAAUACCUUCUUUGUGGUGUGGUACGAAUUCUGCGGUGACUUCAAGGCCGUGUGGAAACGAGAGAGCAAAGUCUUCUCCACAGAAAGGCUACGACUGGCUCAGGAGUCUGUGAAUAAACUGACUGCAGAAAAGAAAGUGGAGACAAAAAAGAUUAACCCAACAGCUAGCCUGAAAGAACGGCUACGGCAGAAAGAAGCAAGUGUCACCAACAACUGAGCUGUGUCAAUUAUGUACAUAAUCGAUAUACCGCUGAAUAGACUGUUUUUCUGCAUUCUCACAGUCUGUCUGACAAUACUGAGAGACGGCCUCAUUUGGACUAAGGAUAAGACCUCUUGUUUAAUAUUGGGACAUUGGGGCCCAACCUGGCCUAGUCGGCAUAGGGGCCUUAAAUAGCCAAUGUGUAUAUAACCAGAGUGGGCGAGAAAGAGAAAGCUUUAAAGAGGCAAAUAGGUUUAGUUUUUAAACUGGAAUUCCAAUCCGUCCAGAUUAUUUUGCUAAAGCUAUUUGCUAACAUUGUUUUAUUUCUGUUAUUUUUAUAAAUGCACUUGUAUAUUCUUGUAUAGAAUAUUUGAGAUAAAUAUAUAUAUAUAGAUAUAAAUAUAAUUCUAUUUAUGUAUGUAAGCAGGAUAAUAUCUGUUAAUAAAAAAAUGCUCUCCAUGUGUUCUGUAUGUAGAGGAGUUUUACAAGCUUCAUCCAGCUGCUUUAUAACUGGUUCACAAAGGACCAGGAGAAAAUUGCAGCCAAA